AUGUCAAGACUGGAAGAACUCCCAUGUGAGCUACCACAGAGCACUGUGGAGAGCUCUGUCAAUCCUGCAGCAAUCGCCAUUCAAUUCGAGAGUCGGCUACCGAUUUUGAUGCAUGAUGACCUCGCCGCGAAGCCGGUAUGGAGGGAUUUGCUAGCGUUAACCGGCACGCUUCGUACCUUCUAUACCUCGAAUGUCUUACUGGCCUGGAAGGACAAUAUCUCCAGGGCCCGCGCCCACUCCUUCAAAGCGAAACCGGAGCUCUGCCGCGUGGUCCGAAUUGAGAGCGAUACACAGUGGGUAGACACUUUCUACUCGUUUCAGACCGAUGCGGUUCCUGCCUCUUCGUGUAUUGCGAUUCUAUCUCUUGUUCCCAACACCAACGGUGAGUGGAAAAUAUGGGCGAUUCGUACGGUACUCGACCAACUAUCCGGGGAAAGAAAUGUGGAUUUCUUGGAACCUGCGGAUCCUACCAUGUAUCAGGCAACUUCCCCAUUUUCUACGACGAUCGAAUGUGCCGUGAUAGGAGCUGGCCAAGCCGGUCUGAGUACAGCGGGGAGACUCAAAGCGUUAGGCGUUCGCUGCGUCGUGGUUGAACAGAAUGCCGAGGUAGGGCAGAACUGGAAAUCUCGGUAUAAUUCCGCGAAACUGCAUACAACGAGAGAAUACGCCCAUCUCCCGUUCGACCGCACAUUCCCUGGAGAUAGAUAUCCAGAGUUCCUAACAAAGGAUGAUCUAGCGGGUGGAUAUCGAGAAUGGACCGCCAGGUUUGGGAUCGAUAUAUGGCUAUCUACCAAGCUCGUUUCGGCAUCAUGGGAUGAACAGGAACAGCUCUGGAGCCUGGCACUGGAACAUUCGAACCAGGAGUUGAUCUUACGCAGUCGAUUUCUGGUGGUCGCCAUUGGAGCUGGAUGCCAGCAGCCAUUUAUCCCCACUUAUUCGAAUCGAGACAAAUUCCAAGGGAUCACCGUUCAUUCUGGAGCAUAUGCCGAUUCAAAAGAAUGGACCGGGCUCAAGGGUGUAGUUAUUGGCACUGCAAAUACCGGCCAUGACGUCGCAGAGGAUAUGGUAGACGCAAAGUUGGCGUCUGUGACAAUGCUACAGAGGUCUCCUACGUACGUCUUGCCCGCGGAAUACUACACGAAGAUUCUAAAUCGAACAUAUAACGCUUCGACCCCGACUGAUUUGGCCGACAUGGUUGGAAGCUCCCAACCAUUUGCCGUGAGCCGGCUCAUCAACCAAAAGGUGCUCCACGCGGCUGCUCAACAAGAGCCGGAGCGGUUUGAUGCACUUGAGCGGGCUGGAUUCAGGACCAUCCGUUACGGUGAUAUCGUUUACCAGCUCUUUGAACGGUUUGGGGGGCACUACAUGGAUGUCGGGUGUUCGGAGAAAAUUGCCCGUGGUCUUAUCAAGGUUAAAUCCGACGCACUGCCAGUGAGUUAUACUGAGACCGGCCUUUUAUUCAACGACGGGACACAACUCGACGCAGACGUGAUUGUAUUCGCCACUGGGUUCCAAAGCAACUUGAAAGUCCAGAUGAAGGAUGUCUUCGGUUCCGCGAUUGUCGACAAGCUGGAGGAUUUCUGGGGCUUUGAUGAUGAGGGGGAAGUCCGGGGUGCCUUCAAAUUAUGUGGUCAUCCCACUCUCUGGUUUCAUGGUGGUACUCUGGCCGUAGCACGCUAUUACUCUCGCUUCAUCGCGUUGCAGAUCAAAGCGGCAGCUGUGGGAGCGCCAUUCGAGAUUUAUUCUCAAUCACGUCUGAAUGUCUAA